AAAAACGAACAUCGGAUGACAUGUUUUACACCCCUGCCAAGUACUGGCAUCAAUACCGAGCUUCAGAAGCGAGUCCCCUGUAUCCAGUUUUUCUCUCCUAUUCUCGGAUCUUGGCCUGUUUUCAGAUGGGAUGGUUUUCAUGAUCGUCCAGGGUUUCAUGCAGUUGCUAUAAGACCAGGCUGUAUUUCCCUCUUCUCAUGAUCAUCGAUUUGUUCCACUAUCUCAUUCUUUGCAUUCUUUCUGCCAGUCUUACAUUCUUUUCUCCGCAAUCCAAACUGCACAGCUGGUCUUGCCUUCUGCUUCUUCUUGUAUAAUUUAUAUUACUACCACUUUUUGAAAGUUCAAAUUUCAUCGCAGAUAUGCUUCCCCAAUACCUCGUUGCCGCUCUUGUCGCUGGUCUUGCUGCCGCAGGUAAGACUUGAUCUUCCCACAACACUACGAGAAAACAAGUACUAACUUCAGCGUUCAGGACCUAUCUCUUUAGAGAGCCGACAAGCAAAACUUUGCACCCUCAUCGGAACGCAAACACUCCCCAAAGAAGUCCAGGACGCCGCCGAUAACCUCGCAAGCAAAGUCACCUGCGACCCAACCAAGAAGACCAUCGAGGGCGUUCCAGAUGCAAUCUCAGGAACCGUCUCCUUUUCCUCCAUCGACUUCUCCAAGUCGAAGGACUCGUCUUUGACAUUCGCCCUCAAGACAUUCGCAACCGCCGAGCCCCUCGCCUCCUCUGACGUCGCCCUCUUCACAGAUCGCUUGAACGUUUACGUGGCAACCGAAGCAGGUGUCCGAAGCGUCGGAGGUUCCUUGCAAGUCAAGGCUCCCAAGUUCUUCCAGAGCUUCCAACUUGCCAGAAUAAAGGCUGCCUCGGGGGUCAAGGAGACCGACCCUGGACAGACUGUUGAGCAUCUCUUGGGCAAGGUUAUCAAGAACGCACCCAAGGGAGAGAGCCCGGCUACCUUGGAUGCCAUCAAGGCUUUAGCCACCAAGUUGACUUAAGGGGUUUGAUUGGAGAGAAAGGGCUAUCUUAAUAUCUACUUCAUUGUAUAUAUGGAUGACCAAAUAAUUUAACUUUUCAAAAUCAUUGUGUUC